GGUGGCGGAUCCAAGAUGGCGCCGUGCGGACGUGUCCGGAGCCGCUGCCCGGGCCCCGCGCUCCUCCUGCUGCUGGCGCUGGCGGCGCGGCCGGCGGCGGCCGGCGCUCCCCCCGCGGGCCCCGCCGGCGCCGGGAGCCUGGCGUUAGGAGGGCAGGCGGUGGGGCAGGGCGCGGCGGGCCCGCGGGGUCCCCGCGGCGGCUCGGGCAGCGGCUGGAAGCUGUCGGAGGAGGCGGUGUGCCGGGAGGACGUGGUGCGGCUCUGCUCCAAGCAUAGCUGGGCCAACAACCUCGCCGUCCUCGAGUGCCUGCAGGACGUCCGUGAGCCAGACAAUGAAAUCUCUUCAGACUGCAAUCAUCUCUUGUGGAACUACAAGCUGAACCUGACAACAGAUCCGAAGUUUGAAUCCGUGGCCAGGGAAGUCUGCAAGUCCACUAUUGCAGAGAUCAAGGAGUGUGCAGAUGAACCGGUUGGAAAAGGCUUCUUGGUGUCAUGUUUGGUGGAUCACAGAGGCAAUAUCACUGAAUACCAGUGCCAUCAGUACAUCACUAAGAUGACAGCCAUUAUCUUCAGCGAUUAUCGGUUGAUCUGUGGCUUCAUGGAUGACUGCAAGGCUGACAUCAAUCUGCUGAAAUGUGGCAGCAUUCGACCUGGAGAAAAGGAUGCCCACUCACAAGGAGAGGUGGUGGCAUGCCUGGAAAAAGGCCUGGUAAAAGAAGCAGAGGAAACAGAUCCUCGAAUUCAGGUUUCUGACCAGUGUAAGAAGGCAAUUCUUCGUGUAGCUGAACUCUCUUCAGAUGACUUCCACUUGGACCGGCACCUUUACUUUGCAUGUCGAGAUGAUCGAGAACGGUUUUGUGAAAAUACUCAGGCUGGGGAAGGUCGAGUGUACAAGUGCCUCUUUAAUCACAAGUUUGAAGAAUCAAUGAGUGAAAAGUGUCGUGAUGCACUGACGACCCGCCAGAAGCUGAUCGCUCAAGACUACAAAGUCAGUUACUCGCUGGCAAAAUCCUGUAAAAGUGAUCUGAAGAAGUACCGCUGCAACGUGGAGAACCUUCCUCGCUCUCGGGAAGCCAGGCUCUCCUAUCUCUUGAUGUGCUUAGAGUCUGCUGUGCACAGAGGUCGGCAAGUGAGCAGCGAGUGCCAGGGUGAAAUGUUGGAUUACCGGCGCAUGCUCAUGGAGGACUUCUCACUGAGCCCAGAGAUCAUCCUCAGCUGCCGAGGGGAGAUCGAGCACCACUGCUCGGGCCUACACCGCAAGGGCCGCACCCUGCACUGCCUGAUGAAAGUCGUGCGGGGUGAAAAGGGGAACGUCGGCCUCAGCUGUCAGCAGGCACUUCAAACACUGAUUCAAGAAACCGACCCUGGUGCAGAUUACCGCAUCGACCGGGCGCUGAACGAGGCCUGUGAGUCGGUGAUACAGACUGCCUGCAAGCACAUACGGUCGGGAGACCCCAUGAUUCUGUCUUGCCUGAUGGAGCAUUUAUAUACUGAGAAGAUGGUAGAGGACUGUGAGCAUAGGCUCCUGGAGCUCCAGUAUUUUAUAUCACGUGAUUGGAAAUUGGACACGGUCCUUUACCGCAAGUGCCAGGGAGAUGCCUCCCGUCUCUGCCAUACCCACGGCUGGAAUGAGACCAGUGAGCUGAUGCCUCCUGGGGCUGUUUUCUCCUGCUUGUACAGGCAUGCAUACCGAACAGAGGAGCAAGGAAGAAGGCUAUCACGAGAGUGCAGAGCAGAGGUCCAGAGAAUCCUCCACCAGCGUGCCAUGGAUGUGAAGCUGGACCCAGCCCUUCAGGACAAGUGCAUGAUUGACUUAGGGAAGUGGUGCAGCGAAAAAACAGAGACAGGACAGGAGCUGGAAUGCCUUCAGGACCAUCUUGAUGACUUGGUGUCUGAUUGCAGAGACGUUGUGGGAAACCUCACUGAGCUGGAGUCUGAGGACAUUCAAAUUGAAGCCCUUCUAAUGAGAGCAUGUGAGCCCAUCAUCCAGACAUUCUGUCAUGAGGUUGCAGAUAACCAGAUUGAUUCAGGGGACCUGAUGGAGUGCUUAAUACAAAACAAACAUCAGAAGGAGAUGAAUGAAAAGUGUGCAAUCGGAGUUACUCAUUUCCAACUGGUUCAAAUGAAAGAUUUUAGGUUCUCAUACAAGUUUAAGAUGGCUUGCAAGGAGGAUGUGUUGAAACUUUGCCCCAACAUCAAAAAAAAGGUGGAUGUAGUGAUCUGUCUGAGCACAACUGUGCGCAAUGAUACUUUGCAGGAUGCCAAGGAGCACAGGGUCUCUCUGAAGUGCCGCAAACAGCUGCGUGUUGAGGAGCUAGAGAUGACUGAGGACAUCAGACUUGAACCAGAACUGUAUGAGGCUUGCAAAAGUGACAUCAAGAAUUACUGCCAAAACGUGCCCUAUGGCAAUGCUCAGAUCAUUGAAUGUCUGAAAGAAAUUAAGAAGCAAUUGAGUACUCGGUGCCACCAGAAGGUGUUUAAGCUGCAGGAGACAGAGAUGAUGGAUCCAGAACUGGACUACACACUCAUGAGAGUCUGCAAGCAGAUGAUUAAGCGAUUUUGUCCAGAAGCGGACUCAAAAAAUAUGUUGCAGUGUUUGAAACAAAAUAAGAACAACGAAGUGAUGGAUCCUAAAUGCAAGCAAAUGAUCACCAAGCGCCAGAUUACACAGAACACAGAUUACCGCUUAAAUCCAGUGCUCAGGAAGGCCUGCAAAGCAGACAUACCAAAGUUCUGCCAGAAUAUCCUGAAUAGGGCCAAGGAUGAUACAGAGUUGGAAGGGCAAGUCAUCUCAUGCCUGAAGCUGAAAUAUGCAGACCAGCGUCUCUCUCCAGACUGCGAGGACCAAAUCCGAGUGAUAAUCCAGGAGUCAGCUCUUGAUUACCGGCUGGAUCCCCAGCUGCAGAUGCACUGCUCUGAAGAGAUUUCCAGCUUGUGUGCAGAAGAAGCAGCAGCUCAGGAGCAGACUGGGCAGGUGGAAGAGUGUCUGAAAGUGAAUCUACUGAAAAUAAAAACUGAAAUGUGCAAGAAGGAAGUGCUUAACAUGCUGAAGGAAAGCAAAGCAGAUAUAUUUGUUGACCCAGUGCUCCACACAGCCUGUGCCCUAGACAUCAAACACCACUGUGCUGCCAUUCCACCAGGGAGAGGGCGCCAAAUGUCAUGCUUAAUGGAAGCUCUGGAAGACAAACGUGUGAGGUUGCAGCCUGAGUGCAAGAAACGCCUUAACGAUCGCAUUGAAAUGUGGAGCUAUGCUGCAAAGGUUGCCCCAGCAGAAGGUUUUUCUGACCUUGCCAUGCAAGUUAUGACCUCUCCGUCCAAGAAUUACAUCCUGUCUGUGAUCACGGUGGGCAUCUGUGUACUCUUCCUCAUCGGCCUGAUGUGUGGACGCAUCACCAAGCGGGUGACAAGAGAGCUCAAGGACAGGUAGAGCCUGGAUUGCCUGCUGAAGAAAUGCCUGCCCAGUGCCCAGUUUUGUACAGCACUCCUCUGUAUAGUCUACCCAAACCCCCUCUUGUGAGAGGAGAAUAAAAAAAGAAAAAAAAAACACAGAAAAAAAAAUUAGAGCAGCAGCAGGUGUUGGCUCAGUUUUCCCAUCCUGGAUCCUCAUCCACAGCAUCUUCAUCCUAUGAACGUUUGUGUGCAACAUUGGCAGCCCAGCCAGCAGCUUUUGUUACCCCUUUGUUAGCAGACUCUGGUUUACCUGCCUGUAGACAAGUCUCUGUUGUACUGUUGGAACUGCCUUCACUCUCCAGAUCAGACUGAUAACGACCUGCAGCUCAAGCAGUUUUUAAGUAAAUUUUUAAAGAAAGACAUAUAUCUGCAUACUGACUGUAUGAUUUAGGUAAUGGUUCAUACUGAAAACUAGUCAUCCUCUGUGGCUGGGUGAAAUUGAGGCAGGAAACUUAAGGGUAAAUUGCAUCUUACACCACAGUUGGCCUUGUUUUGGACAUCUUGCUCAUCUUACCUAAAGCAUCUUCAGAGCAUAGUCUUGGACAACCGAAGGGCACCAGUCGCUGGUGUCAUCUCCUAGUGAAUAUCCUGCUUUUGUGACUGUGGAUUUUUGAGGGGGCUGGAAAGCUGUCCUCCCUUUACUCCUCUGCCACUCGCAAGAUAGAAUAAAAUACUGACCGGGAUCAAUUACUCACGUGAGCUGUACAACUUGUAUUGCAGUAAAUCAAAGUCAUGGUGUAGCCAUGAGGCAUGUGGAGCCUGUCAGUAGUGCAGUGUUGCUGUCAGGGGGCAGGAAGCUCCCUGAUCAGUCACACAUUUUUUAAUACUGGUGACACAGUUAAGUUCUAACACUCCUUUUGUUUUAUCUUGCUGCUGCUAAGCUCCCUUGCUGCUGUUACCCUCCCAAAUUAGCUGGCUACAGAUGAUGUUGGCUUGCUGGCCAUACUGUGCUGUGGGUGAUGCAGAAAGCAUCUGAGCACUCAAAAUGCUCCAUCUGUAAAACAGUUAUUUUGUGGGCUGUAACUGGCCUGUCUGGGUCUUAAUGGCUUGAAUGGUAGCACCAAAAGGCAUUCUUUGUUUCCACAGCUGCAACUGGUAGCGAUAGUAACUGGUCUUUUGUGGGAUAUAGGACCUGGGUGCUGGUCCAGAAGGCUGAGCAGGAGUGGAUGGGAGAAUAGUGUUGUGUGAAGGCAGAAGCAUCUGGAUCUUUAAGGGAAAUAGCUUGCACCUUGUUACCAUCCAUGUGUGCCAUCCUGCUGUGUAUAGCUACGCUUCCAGAACCUGAUCUUCUCACCCCAGACCCCAAAGAAGGUGCUGCAGAAAAGCUGCAGCACUGCUUGUGGCCUCUUCUUACCAUCAUCUCUGUUCCUCGAGUACAAGGAGGUGUGAAGGUCAGGAGCUGUGUGCUUUGGCUGAAAGAUGGAGCAUGUUGGUGAAAUCCAGGAGCAUGAGGGUCCAGGUGCACAGUAGGAUGUCCUUCAUUUGCCUUUAAGAUGUGCUCACCUACUUGUGCUGUGGUACAAACCAUGUGCCCAAAAGUGUCCAACUUCAGGCUAAUGCUUGAACCACAACUUCAUUUGCCCACUUAGUGCUCUGCUAGGUGAGACCUGACAUUUCCAGUUAUCCCUGUUGUUUUCUAGAAGAGCAGUGUAGGAGAUUUUGAGACAUUUUGGAGCGUGGACCAGCUGAUUCUGAUGCUGCUGCCUGUACAGAAUGGCAUCUACAGAAUACUGUGAGUUUUUGCUGCAACUGAAGCUUUUUGCAGACUUCCCUUCACCCCACUCUGAGCAUGGACAGCAAACUGUUAGUGAUACACUUUUAGACUCGCUGUGCUGAUGAGUCUUUCACAAACACUUCUGGCUUUAUAUCCAAGUAUUACAAACCCGAGGCAAGCAGUAGCAAAAGCCUGAGCAGGGGUGGUUCAGUGGGGUGGUUAGUGCCUGGUAGGAUUGCAGUUAUGUGCUUAGGUAGAAGACAAAUGAAGCCUGCAUUCUUUCUCUCACCUCAAUUCCCUGUUGCUGCCAGAGCUUAGCUGCCCUCUGGCAAUGUGAAGUGGAGCAGAAGAGGAAUGGCCAGUUGUGUGUGCAGCACCACAAAUGUUAGUUUGGCAGCUGGACGUGGAUUUUGUUUCACUUGACAGUGUCAAAAUGACAGCUGUAGAGAUUGGGGGGGGGUUGUGCAGAGCUGCAAGGGAAGUGGGCUCUUUGGGCAGCACUGCUUGCUGGGUGUGAGUUCUCCCUCACAAAAUGCCUAUCAGAGGGCUUUAUUUAAACUGUUGUGACUUUUUGAGAAGGCAUUUUGUAGCCCCAGUAGCUCAGAAAGCCUAAUUAGAUGGUUUGUUGUCUAGAAAUAGCAUCUUCCACUAAAGUCCAAAGGAAAUUGCAGUGAAAAUUGUAGGUUUGUAGCCAUAGUUCUGAAUGUAAACUCUGUUGAGCUCUAAAAGUGACUUUCUUUACUUUGAGAUAUAAUGCGUUCUGGUUGGUUUUUGCUGUUGAAAUUGGAGAAGGUUGCAGGAAGGAGGCCUGGACCACUGAAUGAGGAGUCUGUGGGCUCUGGUGGUGUUAGUCUGGUCAAUGGUGUUUCUGACUGUCAGCAGGCUCACCUGGGAACUCUGUAUCGGUGUGAGUGCUGUGGAGUAGCGUAGGUAUGUGUCUGGAGGCGCUCUGAAGCAGUGCUAGGAUCUGAACUAAAUCUCUGCAUGAUUCCCUCAGAUGGCUUUUGUUGCUGUAAGGGCACAGAUCCACCUCUUAAAGGUAUGACACUGGCAAAGGGGCCAGGCCAUUUAUCACUGAACAUUUUAAAAUGGGGCCUCCUGCCACUAAUGACCAACUGUGCUUUUUUUGUGAUUAUAAAUCUACCAAUCCCAGUCCUGAAGAAUCCUUCUUUUUACAUAAACCUAAAAAUCUAGAGGUUUCAAAAGCACAGGAGCCCACACAAGUAUUCUUCCAAAAAUAACCUGCCUGUGCCGUUGCCAGCGCAACAUCUUGCCUGCAGGUAACCAUUUCCCAUUGCAGGGAGAGAAAGAAAGAAAGAAAUGGUUGUAAGAAACACUGCUGUUGCCUUGAUCUUGAGGAAGCCUUUUUAAUUUCUCUGAUCUAAUUGAGAGAGCUAGAAAUGGCUGCCGUCAGCCUGGAGAAGAGCAUUGGUGUGGCAAAACUUGGGGUACCCUGACCUGCACCUCUCAGUGGAGAAGGCUGCCUUCCCCAGAAUGCAGCUCAGGAGAUGUGGGGGUUUUGAGUGUUUUAUAUCAUCACCACAAACUCUUCUCUCUUGGGAGAUGUGGCAUUGCUGAUGCUGCUGGGGAUGCAUGGAGAGGGCAGGUGGCUGGGACCUAGCAAGGCAUGCAGCUCUCCAUUUCCCCCCUGUUGCUGCAAGGGUUAACAAGUGGUGUUUCCUAAAGGAUGGUGUUCAGCUGACAUGAGCAAGGGGAACUCUGCAUGAAGUGCACCUUGUUACUUCGCUCCUGCUAGCCAGUUAGUGUUCAUUCCUCUUGACCUUAGCAAGCUUAUUUAUUGUUUACCUUGUGAGUCUUCCUAGGUCUUUUUGCAGAGUUCCACCUCGGGGUUCUCCUGCCUCACCUCUGGUGUUCAGGCUGCUGGAGGAACUCAGACAUGAACAAAAUUCCAGACACCUUGAGUGUUGUCCAGCAAAUCCAGUACCCUCAUGUCUGUGUCACUGGAAAAGCCCUCACAAACUCAACAUCAUCCUGUAACCAAAUGUAGGCCUUUCACCCAGAACCUGACACUGAAACCCACACCAGUAGAAUCCAUCUUGCUCUGAAAGAAUCCUCAGCAAGUGCAUUGUGUGAAACAGAACAGAGAGGAGUGGGCAUCUCUACAGAAACUAACUGCAGGUGGGCCCAGAGGGAGGAGAUGUGCCAGGCCAGGAGAAUCUCCCUGAUCCUGCCUGGAGAGUUGUGUUCAAGUUGAAUGGCAACUUCUGUUGAAAAACUUUAUUAUUUAGUUGCAAGAAGACUGUAGUACUUUUUUUUUGUUUACUUUAUUGGUUUUGUUUUUAAAAGGAGUAGUGUUGAGGUGUGUGUGAGUGCAUGGGUGUGGUAUGAAACCAGAACGUUUCACCUCGCAUGUCCAUCCCUAUUGAAGGUGCAGCUCUGUGCUGUGCAGCAGUGGUGUCUGUUGGUAUAAAAGCCCAUCUUUGAUUAUAGGGUUUAACAUCUCUUGGGUACAGGUGUUUGUGCUUGGGGGCCAGACGUGCCAGCUCACUCCCACUGAUGAGAGGAGGUGAGGUUAGAGAGGACCCAAACCACAGGUGUACGGGAGAGAACUCGGCUGGUACUGCUGGUUCUGUCCCAUACUGGUGGGGUUCACCACCGUGCCCACUCUGUGGAGCUCCCCAGCACUGCCUGCCUGGGACAGGGAGGAGUAGUAACAUAUUGCCACGCACUGGCCAAAGGCAGAUCGCUCUUUACUCCUGCGUAACACCCACAUUUCAUUCCGUAGCAGCCCAAAGGCAAAUGAUCCCUUCCUGAGUGAAUCACUGCACCCUGGUAUGGACUGAGCGGCGGGGCUCUGCCCUUGGGAAAUGCAGAACUAGGGGGAAAAGGGAAAGGUGUGGCUUUGGCCUGUGUGAGGGGAAGCUGUGGCUGGUCUUGGUGCCAGAGGUGGGAGCUGGGUUACCCUAUGGGACGGCACGGCCGUGUACAGCAGACCCAGCGGAUUCCUAUUGUACAGCAGAAGCUGUUUGAACUUGGUCUCAUCUCUUCUUUUCAUUUUAAAUGUGACACGGCUGAGACUUUCUUUGUACAUUGUUUUCCCUGUCUGUGUAUAAACCCGGCCCGUCUCGUUUGGGGUUUAGUUUGGGGGGUUUUGGGUUGGUUUGUUUCGGUUUGUUCAUUGGGUUUUUUUUUUACAUGUCCAAGCUGUGUAAUUUUGAGAUGUUCCUGAGGUUCUGAACAUAAUAAUGUGCAUUUUUUCUGUACAGAUGACCCGGGAGAGUUUAAUAAACAGAGUCUGCAGGUU